GGCCCAACCUAAAAGACUUACAUCAUUGCCAAAGGGUAGCAACCCCAAUCCACUUUUUCCAUUCUUCCCCAAGUUGCUACCCUAAUUAGUGGCCGCAGACCAGAGUAAGAAGAACCAGACUAAAAAAACUAACAAUGGGAGGCAAAUGUCCCCAUAGAAAGGUGAAGAAAAGAAGAUUAUCUCACAAAACUGAUCGACGAGCUAAAUUCCUCAUCAAAGGUGAUGAUAUGGUUUAUGAUGAAUUAAAUAAACCUGAGGAAGAGAGAAAAGCUUUACCUUUAGAUGAAGAUUUGCCUGGAAUGGGACAAUAUUAUUGCCUUCACUGCGAUCGAUACUUCUCCGGUGUUGCGGUGAGAGACGACCAUUUUAAGACCAAAAAACAUCGGAGACGUGUGAAACAAAUGAUGGGUGAAGCACCACACACUCAACUUGAUGCCGAGUUAGCUGCAGGGAUGGGAAUGCCUGAUAAUGGACCAAAGCUUAUGUCUAUAUGACUUUUUAUUUUGUGGUGGUUGGGCGAUUUUAGUAGAAACUGGUUGUUAUAUUAUGCAUGUUUGUUAGUUUAUUAUUACGAGAUAAGCAAUAUUUUGUUAUUAUUUCAAUCAAAUCUAUAUAUUUUCUUAAUUCCUUCUUAAUUAGACUCUUUA